GGAGAGAGGAUUGUGGGGUGUCUCACUGUGACCCCGCACUGGGCCCGAUCACCCCUCAGGGGCUGGGUGCAGAUCUCCCCUUUGACACACAGAAGAUGGAGGCAGUAGCCUUCAGAUACUAGCCACCCCAGGCUUUGCCUCCUACUUAGGGGUCAGGACCUACACACAAUAAGAGAGAAGAUGCCUUCAACACAAAAGCCAAUGCGCUAUGGACACACAGAAGGCCACACAGAUGUCUGCUUUGAUGACAUUGGAAGCUAUAUUGUAACUUGUGGCAGUGAUGGAGAUGUUAGGAUUUGGGAAAACCUGGAUGAUGAUGAUCCUAAGUCCAUUAAUGUGGGAGAAAAAGCAUAUUCAUUUGCUUUAAAGAAUGGAAGACUGGUUACUGCAGUAUCUAACAAUACUGUCCAGAUUCAUACAUUCCCCGAAGGAGCUCCUGAUGGCAUCCUGACUCGUUUCACCACGAAUGCAAACCAUGUUGUCUUUAACAGGGAUGGUACUAAAAUUGCUGCUGGAUCCAGUGAUUUUAUGGUCAAAGUUGUGGAGGUGACAGAUAGCAGCCAACAGAAAACAUUCAGAGGACAUGAUGCCCCUGUCCUAAGUCUGUCUUUUGAUCCCCAAGAUGCUUUUCUGACAUCAGCAAGCUGUGAUGGGUCUGUCAGAGUAUGGAAAAUCUCAGAUCAGACAUGCGUGACAAGCUGGCCACUGCUGCAGAAGUGUAACGAUGUGAUAAAUGCUAAAUCAAUAUGUAGGCUUGCCUGGCAGCCUAAAAGUGGGAAGUUACUAGCAGUUCCAGUUGAGAAAGUUGUUAAACUGUACAGAAGAGAAACUUGGAAUAAUCAAUUUGAUCUUUCAGAUAAUUUCAUUACUCAGACUCUGAGUAUUGUGACCUGGUCUCCCUGCGGACAGUAUGUGGCAGCUGGAAGUGUCGAUGGUUGUAUAGCAGUUUGGAAUGUGGACACCCAGCAGUGCGUGGAGAGGAUGAAACAUGAGAAAGGUUACACCAUUUGUGGGCUGGCAUGGCACCCCAAAGGUGGGCAAAUAGCAUAUACAGACACUGAAGGAAAUCUGGGGCUGCUUGAGAAUGUUUGUAAUAGAGAUGGAAAGAAAUCAAGUGGCAAGGUCUCCAGUGCAGUGACAAAGGACUACAAUGAUCUUUUUGAUGAAGAUGAUGACUUUUUAAACACAGACCUGGUUGAGCCACGGUCAUCUCCAAAAGUCGUAUCUAAUGAGGAAGAUGAUGAUGAUGACGACCUCAUGCUAGCUUCAGGCCAUCCUAGACACCGAGGGGCAAUAAUAGAGGAUGAUGAGAACUCACUAGAUACUGCACUGAUGAAAGUUAAUUCCAAUCUUGAAAAAGAUGAUGACAAUGACCAAGAUGGUAGCAUUCCAGUUCUGCCAGUAUCAACCACCCAAAGACCUUUCUAUGACGGACCAAUGCCAACCCCCCAACAAAAGCCAUUCCAGUCUGGUUCCACCCCGUCGCACCUCACGCACCGCUUCAUGGUGUGGAACUCUAUUGGUAUUAUUCGUUGUUAUAAUGAUGAGCAAGACAACGCUAUAGAUGUGGAGUUUCACGAUACCUCUAUACAUCAUGCAACACACUUGCCAAAUUCUCUGAAUCACACAAUGGCUGAUCUCUCCAGUGAAGCUAUCCUGUUGGCAUGUGAGAGCACAGAGGAACUUGCAAGCAAGCUUCAUUGCGUUCAUUUUAGCUCUUGGGAUUCCAACAAGGAAUGGACAGUAGAUAUGCCAAAGGAUGAAGAUAUUGAAGCUAUUUGUCUGGGUCAGGGCUGGGCUGCUUGUGCCACUAGUGCCAUGCUAACUCGUGUGUUUACAAUUGGUGGAGUUCAGAAAGAGAUCUUCAGUCUCCCUGGUCCAGUGGUGUCAAUGGCGGGACAUGGAGAGCAGCUUGUGGUUAUUUAUCACAGAGGUACUGGCUUUGAUGGGGACCAGUGCCUUGGAGUACAGCUGAUAGAGUUAGGAAAAAAGAAGAGACAGGUUUUACAUGGAAACCCACUUCCUCUUACAAGGAAAUCCUACCUGAUGUGGGUAGGAUUUUCAGCAGAAGGUACCCCAUGUUAUGUGGAUUCUGAGGGAAUUGUGAAAAUGUUGAACAGAGGACUUGGGAACACCUGGAUUCCAGUAUGUGACACAAGAGAAUACUGCAAAGGAAAAUCUGAUCAUUAUUGGGUAAUUGGCAUCCAUGAAAACCCCCAGCAGCUGAGGUGCAUUCCUUGUAAAGGAGCUCGGUUCCCUCCUACACUUCCACGUCCUGCUGUAGCAAUUUUAUCCUUUAAACUUCCUUACUGUCAAAUUACAACAGAAAAAGGACAGAUGGAGGAACAAUUUUGGCGUUCAGUAGUGUUUCACAACCACUUGGAUUAUUUAUCCAAAAAUGGAUAUGAAUAUGAUGAAAAUGCUAAAAAUGAGGCAGCAAAAGAACAGCAGGAGCUUUUAAUGAAAUUGUUUGCUCUUUCUUGUAAACUGGAACGUGAAUUUCGUUGUGUGGAGCUUGCUGACUUGAUGACCCAAAAUGCUGUCAAUUUAGCUAUCAAGUAUGCAUCUCGCUCUAGAAAAUUAAUAUUAGCCCAGCGGCUUAGUGAGAUGGCUAUAGAGAAAGCGACAGAGAUGGCAGCACCUGAAGAAGAGGAGGAGGAGGAGGAUUUCCGAAAUCAUCUGAAUGCUGGUUAUAGCAACUCUACAACAGAGUGGAGCCAGCCUCGAGUCAGAAACCUUCUGCAUGAACAAGAUAUGGAAGACAGCAAGGAAGCUGAUGCAGUUGAGGAAGUGGAAGAAAUGCAAAAAUUUAGACAAAAUCCAUUCUGCAAAACUGUAGGAUUGCCAGAAAUGUCUACUCCUAAAUCUGCUGUAAUUACAUCUAGCAGUCAAGGACGAGUCAAUCCCUUCAAGGUAUUGGCUAAUCAAAAAGACCCAACAGCUCACUCAGCUAAUAUUCUAGAUAAUAUGAGCAAGUUCUCCAAGAAUACCCCAACACCUAACAGCCGGGCUGUAAACAAACAAAAGUCUCCAGUUAUAAAGCCUCUGAUGCCCAAGCCCAAGUCCAAGCAGGCUUUAGCAGCCACUUUUUUCCAGCCCCGUCCACCCCAUGCUGGUGACAAAGCAGUAGAAGAAAAAGAAGAAAAAGCUGAAAAUAUAUUGCCUGAAAUCCAAGCUGCUCCCACUGAAAACAAAAGACCAAAGACAGGAUUCCAAAUGUGGCUAGAAGAAAACAGAGAGAGUAUUUUGGCAGAUAAUCCUGAUUUGGAGGAAGCAGACAUAAUAAAAGAAGGCAUGAGUCGAUUUAGAGUGCUGUCAUCUGAUGAAAGGAUGGUCUGGACAGAGAAAGCCAAAGGAGGAGCAGCUAGUAAUUCAGCUGAAGCAAAAAAGCGGAAGCGCCCAGCAGAUGCAAAGAACGAGGGGAAAGAGAAACUAGAAGAAAAAUCAAAGGAGGACUCCAGUUUGCCCAAAAAACGGAAGCCGUUAGAUCCAUCUACAAAUGUCAGAUUGUCAGCCUUUGCAUUCAAGCAGAGCUAAAUCAAAAUUGGUACCUUUCCACUGUUUUCUUGUCUCAAGACAUUAGUUUCUCGUGUAUUGAGAAAUUUGCCAACAUACUCGAAGUGCACUUGCAAAAAGAGUGAGUGUUUUGCCCUAAACAUUCCUUUACAAAGUGGAAUGAUGGAAAUGAUGCAGCAUCCCUGAGAGCCUUGAUGAUAAGUUUUUAUAUAAAGUGUGUAUAGUCGACACAAAUAGUGAUAAUUCACUGAUUAUUUUCUAGAUAUAGGGCCAGAUUCUAUGAUGCCGCAUGGCCUUUGUCUGCCAUACCACUCAUGAUAUUUGAUCCUAAAGCCAGAUAGUUAGCCCAUGGAGAAUCGGCAAAGCAUAAGGAUGAUCUCAUGGUGUUGUAGAGCCAAAGUAGAGGCUCUUAUGUCACUUACUCUUAUCCUGUCAGUGUAGCAAGGAGAAGAAGCUAUGGGGGGAGAGAAAGAUGCCCCUGUACCAUACUGAUCUUUGGCUGCAGUUUUAACUCCUUGUGGUGAUUUCCAGCCGUUGAGCUCCAGCUGCCUAAUUUAGUACUGAGGGUCCAGCCAUGUACCGAAGCUGUACUGGGAACAGUGGGUGUACAGAGGAGAGGUUUAAGCCAUCUUGUGUGUACAUGUGUAUGCUCCUCCCCUGACCUACAAAAGAGCUCUACCCCAGGAUUUGGUCACUCUUAACUUUUGAAUUUGUGGGUUUUGUAUGUAAUAUUUGUUUAAAAUAAAAUGUGAACAUUUCUGUGUU